ACUGUUCUGGUAGCUUCUCCGAGUUGAUACAGGUCAAGCCUCAGAACGUCAACCGUCACCUGGAGAGAAGCUGUGCAGCGCGUCAAAUAACCGUGCUUGUCAUUUACCAGUCGGUCUCCGCUACUUUACCGUAUCUCCACCAUGGCUAGCUACCAUAAACCCGACGAGAAGACGCUGCAGGGCCUGAAAGACAUCGCUAACAAGUUGCGGAUCAACUCGGUCAAGGCGACGUGCGCCUCCAACUCCGGGUACGUUUUUAAAAAAGUGGUCAGAAUGAAUGUUUGGAUGUUGCGUGAUGUAGCUAGCUUAACUAGUUAGCUAACGUUAGACGUUGAACCCGUCUCGGCCUGCACGGUGUACGUGCGGAUUAUUUUCACGCAGGCGGUUGUCGUUGGUUUAGCUAGUUAAGUAGAUAGUUUCCCCUUCAGGUGUAAUUUUGUUUUAGAAGUUAAGUGUUAUUUUGACGUGGGUGUACUACGUUACCUAGUUAGCUAAAGGAGCUAGCAAACGUAGAAAUCUGCCUUAGUGAGUAACGUUAACUACAAGUAAAACUGGCAUCGUUUGAAUGACCGUAAAUGUGGAUGCACGAUCAGUCAUUACUUUUGAUCAACUAGAAUCUAGAUGACUUAUAACUGGCAUCAUGCCCGUGUUGAAUAUUUCUCAUUGUUGGUAUUUCAGUUCUGGCUACAUUUUUAGCAACGUUAAUACAAGUCACGGAGAGAUGUGCGGGUCUCGUGGUUGCCUGCGGUCUUUGAUUAAAAGAUAGCCCCCUAGUAAAAUACUGAAUAAAGGAAGAGUGUGUGUGGGUUUAGAAAUUCCCUUUGACUCCCACACUCUCUUCUAACGUUGAAUUUGCUUAGUCAUGGUCUAGCGCUGCUGCUCUAGCUUUUACCCGCAGUACGACAGUGACAUUGACCUAAACAAAAAGACUGGGCAGAGGGCUCCUCUCAUUGCAGAAGUAUUGUGUUAUUAUUGCAAAACGUCGAACUACCGUUUUUCUUUCUGACCAUUAUUGCCACAGUUCUUUCUCAACAUGACCUUCUGAAAGUGUCUGUAGGGGGUGAAGAAAGGGACACUGUACUAAUGGGGUUGGAAUGCGUCCCAAACUGCACCCUGUUUAGGCUAGAGCGCAACCUUUGACCACAACUUUUUUAUUUUAUUUUUCUCAAGUUGCGGGGUCAAAUAAAAUCCCCCACGGCCUGCCAGUUGGGGAACCCUGGCCUGAACAAUUGGAGGAACCAGAAAUGCAUACUUGGCUCCUCUUCAGUUUAUAAGACAGGCCAUUUCCUUGUAGAACUUCCUCCUUACUGUCAUGAUUUCACGCCACAGACAGGUUUGGGUGGUAUCCCGAGGUAUACGGUAUUACUGGAAGUGCACACAAGGGGUGCUAAUUUAAAAAAAAAAUAAGAAAAGAGGCAGCAUGGAUCUUGAUCCAGGCCAGGCUUGAUUGUCUUUUGAUGUAACGAAGAAACUUGAGCUAGCCUCUUAGCUAUCAAGUUAACAAACCAAAUGCAUAGCUGGAGCCCUGAGCUGGAUAUCCAUUUAUUUGGCACAUCAUAGAACUAUAAGCAGUGGAGUAGCCCCCCGAAUUAUAGAUAUAUAUAAUAUAUUUUAGCGCUAUUAAAUCAUCCCUAAAUACCCCGGUAUACGGCAUAUAAGCCUAAUACACUGUCCAGGAAAGGGAAGAAGUUUGAAGUAUGGAUCCCUACCGGUUAUCGAUAACAUACAUACAUUUCAGUCAGUUGCUCACAGGGAAACGAAUAACCUUCCCCUGGUAGAAUGGUUGAUCUGGUUUAUUUAAGACAGUCUUAUCACAACAAGCGGGAGUAUUUUAGGCCUUGCCUUAGCCUGCUAUGCUAACCCCAUUGUGAUACUGUAGGAUCAUCGUGGCGUGACACUUCCUAUAGCACUUAGAUUGCUUUUGCGCAUAAAAUCUAAACCGCUUUAGGCCUACAUAAAAUAAACCCAGCUCAAAUAUGAUUUAUAAAGGUUCAUAAUACAUGUAUGGGAACUUUGUCUAAACAUGUCGAUUUCAGCAGGUUUCAGUCACUGGAAGAUCCGCUUGGAGGUAAAUGGUUGAGAAGCAUGAGUUUUAAUGUUGAAUGAUGACAAGGUGUGGAUGUAAGUUUUUGAAUAAGACUAAUACCAAUGUGUUCCAAAUGGCACCCUAUUCCCUAUAUAGUGCACCUUUUGACGAGAGUCUUAUUUUAAUUUAUUUAACCGGGCUAGUCAAUCAAGAAGAAAUUCAUAUUUACAAUGAUGGCCCGGCAUGAGGCAAAAGGCCUCCUAUGGGGACGGGGGAUUAAAAAAACCAAAACCAGACAACAGCCUGGGACAGGGGAAUUACCCCCCCAGGACCUGGUGUCCCUGGAUGAGCUCAAAGGACAAACGGUUGAGACAAUUAGUUGUUUCUAAUAGUCACUAGUUUACGUUGCUUUAUGUAAAGAACAGUGUUCUGCUUCACACACAACCCACUGUUUGCCGUUGUAGUUGUGCCGUUGACUUUAUCCACAUUUUGUUACGUUACAGCCUUAUUCUACAAUGGAUUACAUUGUUUUUUCCUCCACAAAACUACACACAAUACCCCAUAAUGACAAAGCAAAAAUUGAUUUUUAAGAAUAUUUGGCAAAUGUAUUUUUUUUUUUAAACUAAUAGGACAUUUGCAUAAGUAUUCACACCAUUUCCUCUAAUUUGUUGAAGCACCUUUUGCAGAGAUUACAGCCUUGAGUGUUCUUGGGUAUGAUGCUACAAGCUUGGCACACCUGUAGUCCCGUGUAGCUCAGUUGGUAGAGCAUGGUGUUUGCAAUGCCAGGGUUGUGGGUUCGAUUCCAAUGGGGGGCCAGUAUGAAAAAUGUAUGCACUCACUAACUGUAAGUCGCUCUGGAUAAGAGCAUCUGCUAAAUGACUAAAAUUUAUUUGGAGUUUCUCCCAAUCUUCUCUGCACAUCCUCUCAAGCUCUGUCAGGUUGGAUGGGGAGUGUUGCUGCACAGAUAUUUUCAGGUCUCUCCACAGAUGUUAGAUCGGGGUCAAGUCCGGGCUCUGGCUGGGCCACUCAAGGACAUUCAGAGACUUGUCCUGAAGCCACUCCUGCGUUGUCUUGGCUGUGUGCUUAGGGUCGUUGUCCGGUUGGAAGGUGAACCUUUGCCCCAGUCUGAGGUCCUUGGCCCUCUGGAGCAGGUUUUCAUCAAGUAUUUUUCUGUGCUUUGCGCCGUUCAUCUUUCCCUCGAUCCUGACUAGUCUCACUGUCCAUGCCACUGAAAAACAUCCCAGGAUGAUGCUGCCACCCACGCUUCACCGUAGGGACGGUGACAGGUUUCCUCCAGACAUGACGCUUGGCAUUCAGGCCAAAGAGUUAAAUCUUGAUUUCAUCAGACCAGAGAAUCUUGUUUCUCAUGGUUUGAGAGUCUUUAGGUGCCUUUUGGCAAACUCCAAGUGGGCUGUCAUGCCUUUUACUGAGGAGUGGCUUCCGUCUGGCCACUAACAUAAAGGCCUGAUUGGUGGAGUGCUGCAGAGAUGGUUGUCGUUCUGGAAAGUUCUCCACAGUGGAAAUCUAGUGCUCUGUCAGAGUGACCAUUGGGUUCUUGGUCACCUCCCUGACCAAGGCCCUUCUCCCCCGAUUGCUCAGUUUGGCCGGGCGGCCAGCUCUAGGAAGUCUUGGUGGUUCCAAACGUAUUCCAUUUAAGAAUGAUGGAGACCACUGUGUUCUUGGGGUCCUUCAAUGCUGCAGAAAGGUUUUGGUACCCUUCCCCAGAUCUGUGCCUCGACACAAUCCUGUCUCGGAGCUCUACAGACAAUUCCUUCGACCUCAUGGCUUGGUUUUUGCUCUGACAUGCACUGUCAACUGUGGGACCUGAUAUAGACAGGUGUGUGCCUUUCCAAAUCAUGUCCAAUCAUUUGAAUUUACGACAGGUGGACUCCCAUCAAGUUGUAGAAACAUCUCAAGGAUGAUCAAUGGAAACAGGAUGCACCUUAACUCAAUUACGAGUCUCAUAGCAAAGGGGCUGAAUACUUAUUUAAAUAAGGUAUUUCUGUAUUUUAUAUUUAAUACAUUUAACCACGCCAGCCCAGGACCUCCACAUCUGGCUUCUUCACCUGCGGGAUCGUCUGAGACCAGACACACAGCUGAUGAAACUGUGGGUUUGCUCAACUGAAGAAUUUCUGCACAAUCUGUCAGAAAUGGUCUCCAGGAAGCUCAUUUGCGUGCUCAUCGACCUCACCAGGGUCUUGACCUGGGAUGCUCUGGAUCUACGUAUACAACAGCAUGUUCCAGUUCCUGCCAAUAUCCAGCAACUUCACACAGCCAUUGAAGAGGAGUGGGACAACAUUCCACAGGCCACAAUCAACAGCCUGAUCAACUCUAUGUGAAGGAGAUGUGUCCGAUGUAUUUCCAGUCAUUUGAAAUCCAUAGAUUAGUGCCUAAUUUAAUUGACUGAUUUUCUUAGUUCAUGUAACUCAGUAAAAUGUUAAAUGGUUGCAUGUUGCAUUUUUUAUUUGUGUAACUGUCAGGUAAACAUUAAUACAGAUCCUCGAAAUGCGGUGAAACUGGGUAACAUGCAUGUGAGUGGUUUCCCCAUUUAACAGCCGUUUGUGACGUGAACUGUUACUGACAGCCUGCUCUCAAUGCCUCUCUCCCCCUGUCCCUUCUCUCUCACUCUGCCGGUCCCUUCUCUCUCACUCUGCCGGUCCCUUCUCUCUCACUCUGCCGGUCCCUUCUCUCUCACUCUGCCGGUCCCUUCUCUCUCAACUCUGCCGGUCCCUUCUCUCUCACUCUGCCGGUCCCUUCUCUCUCAACUCUGCCGGUCCCUUCUCUCUCACUCUCUCUCUCUGCCGGUGCCGGUCCCUCUUCUAAUCCUACCUUGAUCUCUCCCUCUUUCCAGUCACCCCACCACCUGUUGCAGUGCAGCAGAGCUCAUGUCAGUGCUCUUCUUCCAUACGAUGCGUUACAAAGCCACUGACCCACGCAACCAGUGCAACGACCGCUUCGUACUUUCCAAGGUGAGGCACGCACACGCUCUACUAGGGCUGACCCCAUUUAGUCAACUGGUCGAUUGUUUGGUCCACAGAUUUCUUUGGUCGAGCAGUAGCAAAACACUUUUUUUAAAGGAACUCAGUCGGCUUUAAACGUACUCUUGAAAGUUGUAAUAGUAGAAUGCACAAGGUGCAAUAUCUAAAUUGGGUAGUACAUCAUCAGUUCCCCCUGUCAUGUUAGUCAUUGCAGACCUUAGAGCUAUUUAUAACUUGUCAGACAUGUCCAGAUCAACUAGCCCAUGUCUGCUAGCCCAAAUAUCACAUGAAUACACCUUACACAUGGCACAAUGUAUAGAAUUGCAAGAAAAUUAGCUUUAAAACUGCAAAAUGUUCUUUGCGCCCCAUGACAAAAUGUAUAGAAUUGCAGUAAAUAAUCUUUAAACCUGCAAAAUUCUCUCCACCAACGAGGGGUGUGAACAAUUUGUCAUGAACAGUGCUUGUGCCCAUAGAAAUAGACGUGGUGAUUCUGAAACAUCUGUGCGCUGUUGAAUUGGCGCCUUUUCCUAGACCAUGUUGCUGUGUGCAUAAUAGCAAAGUUAACCAGCAUAUUGGUGUUGAGAACAAUGUGGCGGAGGCAGCAGCAGAAUGAGGUGAGGAAACAGCCCUUGCUUUAAUUGUCUUAAGAAAAGUGAGGAGACACAUCCUGGUUGUUUGUUUUAAUAGCCUACUGAUUCCAUGCGCACCCAACCUCACACAACCGUGCCGGAUAAACAAUUUCACAUUCGGAUGUUUUCAGUCUUUGCUGUAAUAAAGGCUUUACACGUGUUUUCUUUUCUCUCUCGUUAGACAGCCUCGCUGGUAUUUUUUUGUUGUUGUAUGAAACAUGUAUGAACUCACUAACUGUAAGUCGCUCUGGAUAAGAGCGUCUGCUAAAUGACUAAAAUGUAAAUUUCCAUUUGUCUUAAUUAUUUCAUCAAACAGUGCACUUUAAAGCAUCAGACAAGCUCAGUGCAUAUAGUUGAUUUGAUUAAAACGCAUAUAUAUGGAAAAAUACACAUUUUUAAUCGAUUGGUCGGAAGAACAAACCACUGUCGGUCGACCAAGAUUUUUUUUCUUCCAGACAGCCCUGAGUUCUACGCGCUCACUGGUCACACUGGUCACCUGUCGGUUCUUUCAAUUGCACUACAUUUCCCAAGCGCCUUCGGAGUCUUGGACUGUGCUCUGAUUGGCUGUUGUGUUCUUCCAGGGUCAUGCUGCACCAAUCCUGUACGCUGCCUGGGCAGAGGCGGGCUUUGUGAAGGAGGCUGAUCUGAUUAACCUGAGGAAGAUAGACUCUGACCUGGAGGGUCACCCCACACCCGUAAGUAACCUCUAACCCCUAUAUGACCUGUAAGUAACCUUUAACCCCACUGUUAAAAGUUACUUCCAACGGAAGAGUUGAUCAUUAGGCACAAAACAGAAAACUGACAAACAGGGGAGGAACUACCUGGACUUGUCAAUAAGAAACAAUAUUUUAACUGUAAGUCGCUCUGGAUAAGAGCGUCUGCUAAAUGACGUAAAUGUAAAUGAAACAUUUUCAGUUGCGUGCCCUAAUGAACAUUGCCCAGCUCAGGUUUGACUGUUGACUCGAACUCCAACUGUUCUACAGAAACUGGAGUUUGUUGACGUGGCAACGGGGUCUCUGGGACAGGGUCUGGGGGCCGCCUGUGGGAUGGCUUACACCGGGAAACACUUCGACAAGUCCAGGUACAGACACACACCCUCCGAAGCCAUAACGCUAUCCCACAAAGCACCUCUCAUCCAGCAGUGGUGUCCUAGGAAGGUUAAUGGUCUCUCAGACAGGUGUUGAGUUAUAAACAGCCUUGUGUUCAGCAGUUUCUCUCACUACGGUCUCUCUCUCUCUCACCCACUAUGGUCUCUCUCUCUCUCUCACUACGGUCGGUCUCUCUCACUACGGUCUCUCUCUCUCACACUACGGUCUCUCUCUCGCUGUCUAUUUGUGUCUCGGUGUUGUGUGAAAGACACAAACGAAACGUAACAAUGGGAAGCAUAGAAAUAGUGCACAAAGAAACAGAUCUUCUGCUUCUUAGACUUGUUUCAAUGAGAAGGAAAUGUGUUAUAAAUCUGUCAGUGGAAAAAAGUUACAUAUUGUAGCUUUUAAAAUGAAAAUAUGUGUGUCCCUAGUUACCGUGUGUACUGUAUGCUGGGUGAUGGGGAGUGUUCGGAGGGGGCUGUCUGGGAAGCCAUGGCGUUUGGUUCCUACUACGACCUGGAUAACCUGGUGGCUAUUAUAGACGCUAACCGCCUGGGACAGAGUGAAGCUGCUCCUCUCAAACACGACAUGGACGUGUACCGCAGACGCUGCGAAGCAUUCGGGUCAGUACCCUCUCCUCUCUCCACCUGUCUUCCAAAUAACUCUUCCUCAAUCAGUAGUCUGAUCUUUUUCCUCUUCCUCAUCACAACUCCUGCUAGCGUCCCCCAUGCUAGUUUCUGAUAGGGUCCCCCCCUGUCCCCCAUGCUGGUUUCUGACAGGGUCCCCCCCUGUCCCCCAUGCUGUUUUCUGCUAGGGUCCCCCCCUGUCCCCCAUGCUAGAUUCUGCUAGGGUCUCCCCCCUGUCCCCAUGCUAGAUUCUGCUAGGGUCCCCCAUGCUAGAUUCUGCUAGGGUCUCCCAUGCUCUCAUCUCCCCUCUUACUUGAAGUCUUCAACUCUUAAAUUAAUCUGGUUGAUACUGAACAUGGUUGGUUAAUAUUUCCUGUUAAUGUGACCCUGCCUCACUCUGAAAUGUGAUGACAAUGUAUUUCUGUCUAGGUGAAACACCCAUGUGUGGUGUGUGUAACCCGGUCUUUCUCCAUGUGUAGGUGGAACACGUAUGUGGUGGAUGGUCAUGACGUUGAGGAGCUGUGUAAAGCUCUGUGGCAGGCCCAGCAGGUCAAGGGGAAACCCACUAUGAUCAUAGCCAAGACCUUCAAGGGCAGAGGACUCAAAGGUAGGAGAUGGAGGGGGACUGGGAGGGCCCUUUCUGGGGUGUAUUAACUAGGGACUAAACACAAUUAAACGGGCCGAAACCAGGAGGGACUGACCGCGACUUGUCCAAUAAGAAAUGCUGGUUGUGCACUGCUCCUCUACUUAUGAAUACCCCCAGUACUGCUCCUCCACUCAUGAAUACCCCCAGUACUGCUCCUCUACUAAUGAAUACCCCCAGUACUGCUCCUCUACUAAUGAAUACCCCCAGUACUGCUCCUCCACUAAUGAAUACCCCCAGUACUGCUCCUCCACUAAUGAAUAGCCCCAGUACUGCUCCUCUACUAAUGAAUACCCCCAGUACUGCUCCUCCACUAAUGAAUAGCCCCAGUACUGCUCCUCUACUAAUGAAUACCCCCAGUACUGCUCCUCUACUAAUGAAUACCCCCAGUACUGCUCCUCUACUAAUGAAUACCCCCAGUACUGCUCCUCCACUAAUGAAUACCCCCAGUACUGCUCCUCUACUAAUGAAUACCCCCAGUACUGCUCCUCCACUAAUGAAUACCCCCAGUACUGCUCCUCCACUAAUGAAUACCCCCAGUACUGCUCCUCCACUCAUGAAUACCCCCAGUACUGCUCCUCCACUCUUGAAUACCCCCAGUACUGCUCCUCUACUAAUGAAUACCCCCAGUACUGCUCCUCCACUAAUGAAUACCCCCAGUACUGCUCCUCUACUAAUGAAUACCCCCAGUACUGCUCCUCCACUAAUGAAUACCCCCAGUACUGCUCCUCUACUAAUGAAUAGCCCCAGUACUGCUCCUCCACUAAUGAAUAGCCCCAGUACUGCUCCUCUACUAAUGAAUAGCCCCAGUACUGCUCCUCAUCUGUUUUUUAAAAAGACUGAUGGCUCUAGUUGCAACAAUCUAAUGAUCUCUGGAUAAUGUAGAGCUAAAUAAUAUGAACUAUCUCCUGAUGCAAUAAAUGACCUGUUGCUCUCUCUCCCUCCCUCCAGGCAUAGAGAACAUGGAUAACUGGCACGGUAAGCCCAUGCCGAAGGACCGGGCCGAGGAGGCGAUUAAAGACUUGGAGGCUCAGAUUCAGAACCCCAACAAGACCAUCUGCCCCGAGCUACCUAACGAAGAUACCGCCCCCGCUGACCUCUCACCUAUCACCCUGCCCAGCCCUCCCAAUUACAAGAUCGGAGACAAGGUACACGCACCGCUGACCUUUCGCUUAGCCUGUCUGACUACGAGAUCAGGAACACAUGUUGAACUUUAGCUGUAGGCUUCUGGGUAACACGUUCCUGUCCUCCUUUCACCACUCUAUUUCUCCCCCCAGGUUGCCACUCGUAAGGCGUAUGGUGUGGCCCUGGCUAAACUGGGUCAGUCCAGUCCGAGGGUGGUGGCUCUGGACGCUGACAUGAAGAACUCUACCUUCUCUGAGAUGUUCCACAAGGCCUACCCUGAACGCUUCAUCGAGUGCUUCAUCGCUGAACAGAACAUGGUGAGAGGAGAGGGUGGAACAAAAUAUGGCCUAACCCUGAGGGGUGAGUAGAGGCCCUGAAUGAACUGGACACCCCGAAGGCCUUCUCAAAAGUACCCACGUGUCCUGAUUGGAACUUAAGGCCACAUAACAUUGGUACUAGACAACAGGAUCGACAGUAGCAGCAGCAUGUGUUGGGGUGGAAGUGAGUGUGUGUGUGUGUGUGGGUACCGUCAGUGUGUGUGCACAGUUGGUGCAAAAAGGGUCAAUGCAGGUAGUCCAGGUAGCCAUUAGAUUAGCUAUUUAGCAGUCUAUGGGUAGAAGUCUUAUGGCUUGGGGGUAGAAGCUGUUCAGGGUCCUGUUGGUUCCAGACUUGGUGCACUGGUACCGCUUCCCGGUGCGGUCGCACAUAAGUCUGGCUUUGGUGGCUGGAGUCUUUUGACAUUUUUUGGGGCCUUCCUUUAACACUUCCUGGUAUAGAGGUCCUGAAUGACAGGGAGCUCGGGCCAAGCAGUUGCCAUACCAAGCAGUUGCCAUACCAAGCAGUGAUUCAGCCAGUCAAGAUGCUCUCGAUGGUGCAGCUGUAGACCUUUUUGAGGAUCUGAGGGCCCAUGCCAAAUCUUUUCAGCCUCCUGAGGGGGAAGAUUGCGUUAUCUGUUGGGGUGGUAUGUGAAUUGGAGUGGGUCUAGGGUGAUGGUGUUGACGUGAGCCAUGACCAGCCUUUCAAAGCAUAUUAUGGUUACAGAUAUGAGCGCUACGGGGCGAUAGUCAUUUAGACAGGUUACCUUGGCGUUCUUGGGCACAGGGACUAUGGUGGUCUGCUUGAAACAUGUAGGUAUUACAGACUCCGUCAGGGAAAGGUUGAAAAUGUCAGUUAAGACUCCUGCCAGCUGGCCAGCGCAUGCUCAGUGUACUCAUCCUGGUAAUCUGUUUUAAGGAAUACUGUGAAACAUCUUUCCACUAUUAGUGCCAGAGAUAUUGCCUUUUUUUCUGAAAUGACAAUGGAACAAUAAAAAUCCUAUAUGUAGCACCUUUUUUAAAUAUUAUUUUUGUCUGUUUAGGUGAGCGUGGCGAUCGGCUGUGCCACACGGGACCGCACUGUGGCGUUCGCCAGCACCUUCGCUGCCUUCCUGUCCCGGGCCUACGACCAUAUCAGAAUGGCUGCAGUCUCCGAGUCUAACAUCAACCUGGCUGGGUCACACUGUGGAGUCUCCAUCGGUCAGUACUGUGUGUGUGUCAGUCUUGUGCCCUUGACUGAGUCCAAUCUCACUGAUUCUCCCUCCACCAAUCAAACUCUACUCCCCUUCCUUCAACAACCAAUCACACUCCAAUUCCCGUUCCCUUGGACAUACUGCCAAAUUCUCUAAAAUGACGGAGGUGGCUUAUGGUAGAGAAAUGAACAUUAAUUCUCAGGCAACAGCUCUCGUGGACAUUCCACCAUGCAAAAUAAAAUUGAGAAAAUGAAUCCAUAAUUGUACUGUGUAAUGAGGUGCAAAUGUGUAUCGGACUACUUCAGCAGAGGUAGCUAUCACUCCCAGCCACGUUGUAAUCUUCGAGUCCUUGAACAUUUUGGUCGUUUAUAUACAAUUUAUCCACCACUAGACGAACAUUCUGCUUCUCUGCUCUGAGCCUUUUGAAAGUGGGGUACAGGGCGCGUCGUCUCUCCACUAUUUCAUGGGGAAAUUGUUCAUUAAUAGAGAAUGGGGUGUUCUUCAGUUCCCUGCCCUGUUGGCAAUCUUCAUUUUGUAGUGAGUUAGCAUAGCUACGAUCGGACGGGGCCUCCCCUCCACCACUGAAACGGUCAGCCCUUUGACAAUCUAUUGUAUUCCCCUGUUCGUCCGUCAUCUUGAGAUUACGUUUCAUGAACACCUUGACUUUAUCCUCUGUUGACUGAUAGUUUUCCUCCUCCUUUAUUCCCAUUAUAACAAUAUUAUUCUUCAUACUUCUGCACUUUAGAUCAUGUAAUGUAAUUAGUCUUUCAUUGUUUUAUAAUAAUAAUAUAUCAUACUGUAGUGUCUUAGGGAGCCACGGUAGUUGUUUUAUCAUACCGUAGUGUCUUAGGGAGCCACGGUAGUUGUUUUAUCAUACCGUAGUGUCUUAGGGAGCCACGGUAUUUGUUUUAUCAUACCGUAGUGUCUUAGGGAGCCACGGUAUUUGUUUUAUCAUACCGUAGUGUCUUAGGGAGCCACGGUAGUUGUUUUAUCAUACCGUAGUGUCUUAGGGAGCCACGGUAGUUGUUUUAUCAUACCGUAGUGUCUUAGGGAGGCCACGGUAGUUGUUUUAUCAUACCGUAGUGUCUUAGGGAGCCACGGUAGUUGUUUUAUCAUACCGUAGUGUCUUAGGGAGCCACGGUAGUUGUUUUAUCAUACCGUAGUGUCUUAGGGAGCCAUGGUAGUUGUUUUAUCAUACCGUAGUGUCUUAGGGAGCCACGGUAGUUGUUUUAUCAUACCGUAGUGUCUUAGGGAGCCACGGUAGUUGUUUUAUCAUACCGUAGUGUCUUAGGGAGGCCACGGUAGUUGUUUUAUCAUACCGUAGUGUCUUAGGGAGGCCACGGUAGUUGUUUUAUCAUACUGUAGUGUCUUAGGGAGUCCACGGUAGUUGUUUUAUCAUACUGUAGUGUCUUAGGGAGUCCACGGUAGUUGUUUUAUCAUACCGUAGUGUCUUAGGGAGGCCACGGUAGUUGUUUUAUCAUACCGUAGUGUCUUAGGGAGGGCCCCGGUAGUUGUUUUAUCAUACCGUAGUGUCUUAGGGAGCCAUGGUAGUUGUUUUAUCAUACCGUAGUGUCUUAGGGAGCCACAGUAUUUUUUUCAUAACUAUUUUCCACUUGUAUUUUUUUCAUUCUUAACCGUAAUUCUUGACCAUGUUUUUAAUCAACCUCAGUAGCCUAGGAUAGCCACGCAGUUUUUAAUGCUCACUCAUGCUUUAAGCAAAGUGUUUAAUCUUCUUGGAGACUAUUGUUUAUAACAACCGUAGUCUCCACAGGUAAUUUUGAUUUUAACCGGGCUUGGGCUGCCCGGUAUGUUUCUCGAGGUCUGAGCCACGGUAUUUUUUCACCUUCGAUGGCCCCGUGUUUUAAUAUUUCUUAGCGGAUCAGGAAGUGUUAUCUAAAUACUCAGGUUCUUAUUGAUCCAGAGUUUUGUUUCACAGGUUUAUGAGCCACUCAAUUUUACGACGUGCUUAGGAGCCACGGUAGUGUUAUGACCGUAGUGUCUCAAGCCCCGAGUGUGUCUUUAGACAUACCUGAUUUUCCUAGAUGGCCACGAUGAGUUAUUCCUAGUUCUUUGCAGUAUUGUUUUAAACAUACCGUAUUUUCUGGGGCAUGAUUAGUGUGUUUUCAAUAUAGUGUUUCCUCUGUAGUUGUUUUAUCAUAUUUUCGGGCAAGUAUGAAGCCUGUGCAGAAGCCACUGGUAGUGUUAAAUACCCGAUGUACUUAGGGAAAAACACUCAUUGUUUUAUUCAUAUAAGUCUUAUGGACACGGUAUUUUUUACAAGUAUGUCUUAGGGAAUUGGUAUCUGUUUUAAUCAUACCUGAGUGUCUUAGGGAGCCACCAUACUUGCAAAGCUCAUUUUCCCAACUUGGUAUUGGGUUCCAUUCCUUUAUUUAAUGUAAUUAUUCUGUUUUAAGCCAUUAAUCCCCCAGUUUAUGCCAGCAAUAGAUCCAGGCAGUUUUAUGUCAUCACUUGAAGAUCGCUGUUUUAAUUUCUGGAGACAUAGUUAUAAAAACGUCCCCCUCCAAUGUUACAUUUUGAAUUUUAAACGGCGGCUUCCCCUCAGUUUCGCUCGGAGCUCGAUGAACGGUCUUCUCUUGUUCACUUCGAUGUAGCUGAUUUUAUUUUUCGCGCGUAUCAAAAUGCUGAUCAAUAAAUAGCUCAAGGUUCUCUCUAUUAUCCAGAGUCUUUUGUUUCACAGUUAUCAGCUAAUCAAUUUUACGUGCCUACCACGCUGCAACCUGCCACGUCAUCAAGCCCCGAUGCUGUCUUCGUAGGACAGAUAGCUCUGACUUUCUUCCAUAGUGCCAACGAUGAAGUUAUUCAUGUUCUUAGCUUUGUUUUGAAAAUAGAGGUAAAAAUAUUCUGGGGAUGAUUAUGUGCAUCUUCAAUAAGUGUUCCUCUUUAGUGUAUUUGACUAUAUGUCGCAAGUAAAAGCCUUGGCAAAAGCCUCUGGAAGGUUAAAAUAACCCUGAGACUUAGAAAAAGGAAAGUAUGACAUCUUCCUAUGAAUUUUAUUUGCCCAUAUAAAGUCUUAUGACAGAGUAUACUUUUUUAAAGAAUGUCUUCGACGGGGUAAUUUGGUAUUACUGAAAAUAAAUGCAACAACUUGGGGAGCCAUUCCAGACUUGGGGAGCCAUUCCAGACUUGGGGAGCCAUUCCAGACUUGGGGAGCCAUUCCAUUCUAGAGCUUUAUUCUACCUGUAAAUUUUAUGGGAAGAUUAUUCCAUUUAAUUAAAUCUGCUUUCAUAUUAAGUAAUGGAAUGAAUUUUGUAUUUGUCACUAAUAAUGAUCCUAAGUAUUGAAUGUUUUGUGGUUCACUUGAAGGAUCGCUGACUUCUUCUUCUUAUUAUUUCAUCAUUUUCCGCGUAAAAAAUAUGUAUUUAACAAAGGGGGCAUUGAGUUUACAAUAUUGGUCAGGUAUAUCAGAUCAUCAAUCAAUCAAUCAAUCAAUUUUAUUUUAUAUAGCCCUUCUUACAUCAGCUAAUAUCUCGAAGUGCUGUACAGAAACCCAGCCUAAAACCCCAAACAGCUAGUAAUGCAGGUGUAGAAGCACGGUGGCUAGGAAAAACUCCCUAGAAAGGCGAAAACCUAGGAAGAAACCUAGAGAGGAACCAGGCUAUGAGGGGUGGCCAGUCCUCUUCUGGCUGUGCCGGUUGGAGAUUAUAACAGAACCAUGCCAAGAUGUUCAAAAAUGUUCAUAAGUGACAAGCAUGGUCAAAUAAUAAUCAGGAAUAAAUCUCAGUUGGCUUUUCAUAGCCGAUCAUUAAGAGUUUGAAAACAGCAGGUCUGGGACAGGUAGGGGUUCCAUAACCGCAGGCAGAACAGUUGAAACUGGAAUAGCAGCAAGGCCAGGCGGACUGGGGACAGCAAGGAGUCACCACGGCCGGUAGUCCCAACGUAUGGUCCUAGGGCUCAAGUCUCUCAGUUGGCUUUUCAUAGCCGAUCAUUAAGAGUUGAAAACAGCAGGUCUGGGACAGGUAGGGGUUUCGUAGCCGCAGGCAGAACAGUUGAAACUGGAAUAGCAGCAAGGCCAGGCGGACUGGGGACAGCAAGGUGUCAUCAUCUGCAAGUAAGUUUAGUUGAUAUUCGUGUUUACUGAUGCCUGUUAUGUGUUACUUCCUGUCCCCAGGUGAGGAUGGCCCCUCCCAGAUGGCAUUGGAGGACAUUGCCAUGUUUCGCGCUAUCCCAACAUGCACUGUGUUCUACCCCAGCGACGGCGUCUCCACUGAGAGGUCUGUGGAGCUGGCUGCCAACACCAAGGUCAGGAUGUUAUUUAUAUGGGGGAUAACAUGUGGAGCUGGCUGCUAACACCAAGGUCAGGAUGUUAUUUAUAUGGGGGAUAACAUGUGGAGCUGGCUGCUAACACCAAGGUCAGGAUGUUAUUUAUAUGGAGGAUAACAUGUGGAGCUGGCUGCUAACACCAAGGUCAGGAUGUUAUUUAUAUGGAGGAUAACAUGUGGAGCUGGCUGCUAACACCAAGGUCAGGAUGUUAUUUAUAUGGGGGAUAACAUGUGGAGCUGGCUGCUAACACCAAGGUCAGGAUGUUAUUUAUAUGGGGGAUAACAUGUGGAGCUGGCUGCUAACACCAAGGUCAGGAUGUUAUUUAUAUGGAGGAUAACAUGUGGAGCUGGCUGCUAACACCAAGGUCAGGAUGUUAUUUAUAUGGGGGAUAACAUGUGGAGCUGGCUGCUAACACCAAGGUCAGGAUGUUAUUUAUAUGGAGGAUAACAUGUGGAGCUGGCUGCUAACACCAAGGUCAGGAUGUUAUUUAUAUGGGGGAUAACAUGUGGAGCUGGCUGCUAACACCAAGGUCAGGAUGUUAUUUAUAUGGGGGAUAACAUGUGGAGCUGGCUGCUAACACCAAGGUCAGGAUGUUAUUUAUAUGGGGGAUAACAUGUGGAGCUGGCUGCUAACACCAAGGUCAGGAUGUUAUUUAUAUGGGGGAUAACAUCUUCCCAGCUCUGCAGAGACAGAAUCAUUAGAUCAUUUGUUUUGGUUCUGUCCAUUUUGUAGCUUGUUUUUGGACACAGGUCCAGGAAUGGCUAAAGGAUUGCAAUAUUUACCUGGAGCUAACCCUGCAGAUAGCACUACUGGGUGAUCUGAAAAGUCAUAGUCAAUCGAUCAAUAAUAUAAUAAUACUUUUAGCAAAAAUGUUUGUGAAUUAAAAAUAAUCUGUAGAAGCAAUGAGAAUAGAAAGGUUCAGAACUUUUGUAAAACAUCACAGUACAGUUGAAAUAUAUAUGGCAAAUAGAAAUCCUAUAUGGAUGGUGUUAAGAGAUAGAUGGGAGGUAUUGAAUAGAGUUGCAGGAUGGGACUAAUAACUAAUAACAAGAUAACUAAUAAUGUAAGCAUACUGUGUCCAUAAUAAGUAUAUAGGUUGUAUGUUGGGAGCUUUUGGGAAAAGAGCACAGUUAGAAAGAUAUGGAAUAUAGAAGCAAACCGGAUGGACAUCAUGAAAAUGAUCGGAGGAAGUUCAGGAGUAAAAACAAACAAAAUAUAAUUAUUGUAGAAUAAAAUGUGUAUAUAGUAUGUAUGGGCUGGAAGUAGAGGCCAAAGCGUUGUUGGUCACUAGUUUACUCCGAUUGGGGAAGGGUUGGAAAGGAAAGGGAAAUACAAUCUAAAUAAGGAUGUGUGUGUAUAAAAAAUUAAACCCACCAAGGUCAGAACCUAUUUUUAUUCCUAAAUGGCACCAUAGUCACUCUUUAGUGCACUAUUUUAGUCACACUAUCACUAAUUUCAACCAGGCCCCACUGCUAAGCCAUAGCCUAUUAGUAUGACGGAGCCCGAGGGGGGACUAGCGGUAUGACGGAGCCCGAGGGGGGACUAGCGGUAUGACGGCGCCCGAGGGGGGACUAGCGGUAUGACGGCGCCCGAGGGGGGACUAGCGGAAUGACGGCGCCCGAGGGGGGACUAGCGGUAUGACGGCGCCCGAGGGGGACUAGCGGUAUGACGGAGCCCGAGGGGGGACUAGCGGUAUGACGGAGCCCGAGGGGGGACUAGCGGUGUGACGGAGCCCGAGGGGGGACUAGCGGUAUGACGGAGCCCGAGGGGGGACUAGCGGUAUGACGGAGCCCGAGGGGGACUAGCGGUAUGACGGAGCCCGAGGGGGGACUAGCGGUAUGAACUAAGCCUUGUGUGUUCCAGGGUAUCUGUUUUAAACUAAGCCUUGUGUGUUCCAGGGUAUCUGUUUUAUCCGACUCACCAGACCAGAACUGAAGGUUGUCUACGACCCCAAAGAGAAGUUUGAGGUGGGCGUGGCCAAGGUGUUGCGUCAGUCCGACAGCGACAAGGUGACUGUGAUCGGAGCUGGAGUGACUCUGCAUGAAGCCCUGACUGCUGCUGACGAACUGGCCAGCGAGGGUAAGAGCUCCCCCUGGUGGCCUGGUCCUGGAUUCACAAAACCUGUGACAGAAGCCAGAGCUUACCCACGAUGUUGCACAACGAUUUUAAGUCAAAAAGUCAUUGUUCUAGUCGUAUGAGACAUUUGAGAUUGAAGUGGGAACUUUUUUUUAUAUAAGCCAAAUUGUGAUAUUUUUCCACUAAUUGGUCUCUUGAUGUAUUAGAUCUUUCUGAAUGACCCAGUAGUUAACUAAGUCACUGUAGUAAAACAAUAGCAAAUGCUAUUUGAUGAGGAAGAAUUAUGGCUCAUUAGUGUUGUCUUUGUGUACCGUGGUGUCUUGUUUGUGUGUAGGAGUGAACAUCCGUGUGAUUGACCCGUUCACCAUCAAGCCCCUGGAUGCCGCCACCAUCGUAUCGAGCGCCCGCGCCACCGGAGGGAGAAUCAUCACCGUAGAGGACCACUACAGAGAGGGUGGGGACACGUGCUGCACAUUGGCCCUCUGAGAGAGGAACAGCUUAGCCCUCUGAAUCGCUCUCUGUGUGUUCUAACUCCACCCCCUCUGUCACCAGGUGGUCUGGGGGAGGCGGUGCUGUCCGCGGUGGGGGAGGAGCCUGGUAUCAUGGUGACGCGCCUGGCGGUGAACCGCAUACCCCGGAGUGGAAAACCUCAGGAGCUCCUGGACCUGUACGGCAUCAGCGCCAAACACAUCGCCAAUGCCGUGCGCCAGACCUUCGCUAACUGAGACAGCCUAUGGACCCUGGUCUAAAGUAGUGCA